AUGGUUAGCCGUUUUUUUGUUGAGAGAUUGUGCAUUCUCCAUCCCUUGAUUGUCCUAACAACAUCCCUCCAUGAUAAUCCUCAUGUCUACCGCCACCGGAGAAAAGUUCUGCCUCUCAACCCACAGACACGACAGGAUGUGAACCUGGAAGGGAUCUGGACCGAAACAACAGACGGGCGGAGUUUCAUGUGUGUGGACGAUGGUGAAGAAGAAAAGAUUCUUGUCUUCGCCACGGAUGAAAUGCUGGACAAAAUGCAGGAGGCUGAGACGCUUUUCAUGGACGGAACUUUCUACCUUUGUCUGAGUUUGUGGUGUCAGCUCUAUUCCAUCCACUGCCUUGUCGAUGACGUCAUGUGUCAUGUUGCAUACGCAUUACUUCCACGGAAGUCCAAAGAGACAUAUGUUAGGUUGUUCACGUUGAUAAAUGCAGCUGCACACACUAGGAUUGGAGCUGAACCCGCACCGCGUGUAAUACAGACGGACUUUGAGGUGGCCGCUAUCCAAGCUGCUCAAGAGGUGUACCCAGACGCCGACAUCAGAGGAUGUUUUUUUAAUUUCUCACAAGCUGUGUGGAAGAAUGUCGCAGAGAAAGGUCUUGCAGUCGAGUAUAGGACCAACCCUGAUCUCCAGCGCCAUGUUCGUAGAGCCGCUGCCUUGCCACUACUCCCACUCAACCAAGUGCAGGACGUCUGGAUGGAUGUCCUGAACAACAGUCCCGACCUUCCAAGGCUAGAGCAGUUCAACGACUACAUCACUGAGACAUGGGUGGACGAUGCCGCCAGAUUUCAGCUACUACUCUGGAACCAGUGGGCCAACGUGGGACCUCGGACCAACAACAAUCUUGAAGGGUUCCACAACAAGUUGAAGAACCGGAUCCGAAAAGCCCAUCCCAAUCUGUUUGAGUUCGUCACACACAUAAAGAAAGUCGUGCAAGAAUAG